AUGGAUGUGGUGGCUAGAGAAAUGCUUGAAGGACUUCCCUGGGAGCUAUUAUAUGCAGAUGACCUUGUAUUAAUGGCAAACAGUGAGGAAGAAUUGAGGGAUAACAUUAGGAUACAUAAUAAUGAUAACCUAGAAAAUGGUGGUCUGGAUAUUGUCAAUGGGUUAACCCUUGAAAAAAAAGUGGAUAAGUUUGGUUAUUUAGGUGAUAUGCUAAACGCAGAUUGUGGUGUAGAUUCUGCCGUUUUUGCUAGGAUCGGACAAGCUUGGGAGAAGUUCAGAGAGAUGUCGUCUAUUCUUACAAAUAAAAAAGUCUCUCUGAAGUUAAAGGGGAAAGUUUACGGAAGCUGUGUGAGGAGUUGCUUAGUUUAUGGCGGCAAAACAUGGGCAAUGAAAGCGACUCACGAAGUCAAAUUAGAAAGAACAGAGAUGAGGAUGAUUAGAUGGAUAUGUUGGGUAUCUCUGAGAGAGAAAAACUAG